GAUCCCGACUCUAUUUGUUCCGAUCCUUUUCUUCCUCCCCACCCACCCAAGAUCCGGAUCCGGAGCCCGGACUUCUCUCCAGAUUCUCGCACUAACAAAUCUACUUAGUUCUUCUAUAGACUUGAUAAUCAUCUUUCUACUCCUUGUUAUAAUCCUUCAGAAAUCGUACCCGUCCUCCUCCUCCUCCUCUUGGGCAGUUGCUACAAAGCUUCCUUUUUUUUGCAGACACAAGAAAUUUAAUUUGGGGGUGUUUCUUGCCGGUUCUGUUCUUGGUCCUCUCAUGGCCGAUUGAUUGGCUCACUAAUUUCGUGUUCCAGUGUGCGUGGAGUGGGGAGUUCUAGCAACAAGUGGUUGGCUUUCUUGUGAGCAACUCUAAUUUUUCGUUGCUUUCCCCUCCCCUACACCUUUUUACAGAAAACACAAGCAACCGGUUCUCCGAGCAAUUUUGAUCUAGCCCGGUCCCUUGCUAAUUUCCGGCGGAGAAUAUAUCAUUGGAUCUUCUUCCGCCCAAUUUUUUGCUCGGACCACACGAAUUCUUUUCAUUCUUUUCCCGCAAUGGCGAUGUCGCUGAGCCGCUUCUCCAACUGGAUAUGGCCGGGGAGCAGGACCCGCGAGCUGCCGGCGGGGAGCACGGUCCCGACUACCGGGCUGUUCCCGGACUCUCCCUCGGGGUACCGGGAGCCCGACGCCGCCAGGCUCCCGAGCUCCGCCGGGGGCGCGCGCCCGCGGAAGGGCAGGACACGCUGGCCCGGCCGCGGGGAGUCCGGGAUCGACAGGGAGCACGACAUGGUCAUCGUGCCCUCCGACGGCGGCGCCGGCUACCUGUCGGACUCGGACUCCGACGGCUCCGAGUGGUCCAUCGGCUGGCUCGAGCCGCAGGCGCCCGACAUGCAGAGCGACGGGGACUCUGAGGGCAGCUUCGCCGUCCUCGUGCCCUGCUAUCGCCGCGGCCGCGUCGAGCAGCCUGGGCGGUCCGACGGCCGUUUCCCUGCU